CCUCCACCCCUCUCAGAGGCUUCUAGUCCCUUAGCCUGCCUGCUACAAAGUCUCCAGAUCCCUCCAGAGCAGCCAGAAGCCCCCCGUCUGCCCCCUGAGAGCCCCACCUCAGCCCUAGAACCAGAGCCUGCUCGGCCUCCCCUCAGUGCCUUAGCCCCACCCCACAGUUCUCCCGACCCCCCAGUCCCUGAGCUGCUCACUGGGAGGGGGUCAGGGAAACGGGGCCGGAGGGGAGGAGGGGGACAUAGGGGCAUUAAUGGUGAGGCCAGGCCAGGCCGGGGUCGAAAGCCUGGCAGCCGGCGGGAACCUGGCCGAUUAGCCCUCAAGUGGGGGGCACGUGGAGGCUUCAAUGGACAAAUGGAACGGUCCCCCAAAAGGACCCACCAUUGGCAGCAUAAUGGGGAACUGGCUGAAGGGGGUGCUGAGCCCAAGGAUCCAUCCCCUCCUGGGCCCCAUUCUGAGGACCUUAAGGUGCCUCCAGGGGUAGUCAGAAAGUCUCGUCGAGGCCGGAGGAGAAAAUACAACCCUACCCGGAACAGCAAUAUCUCCCGCCAGGAUGUUGUUACCUUGGACCCCAGCCCCACAACCCGAGCGGCUGUCCCUCUGCCUCCCCGGGCCCGCCCUGGCCGUCCUGCCAAAAACAAGAGGAGGAAACUGGCCCCAUAGCAGCCAUACCUGGAGCUGGAUCUGACCCUGAUUGGGGAAAGCUGAGUGCUGAGCCUUGGGAGCCCCUGCCAGCCACCUGCACCUGUGGACAGUGGGUGGGGGCACUACUCCCCACUCAGAGCACAAAUGCAAGCCCUUCCCCUACAAUCCCAUCCUGAGCCAUUGCAGGGGGUAGGGAAGCUCUGCCCCUCCCCCCAAAGCCAUGUCACUGAAAAGGCCUUGGGGGGGAGGGGGUAUAUGGCCCGCUCCCACCAGGCUAAGGGGAAUACCCCCUUCCCCAGGUCUUUUAUUUGUUUAAGUUAUUUUUGCACAAAUGACUCUUUUAUAUUUAAUUCGACUUCAUUGCCUCCCUUCUUGAAGCCAACAGGCUCAGUUUACAAACCUGUGAGCUACUGUUGGCUGCUGUCCUCCUUCCCAGUGAAAGGUACAAAGCAAUAAGCAUCAUGCAUCCUCCCCUCACCUCUCCAACACCCCUCUGUCUCUGGCUCAGGUUGCUCAAAGCACAGAUCCUCUCUUACCCCUGUCCCCAGGUUUGAAACACAUAGCCUCAUUUCAAGGUGUAGCCAGCUUCCAUCCUCUGGGAUAGAAAAAAGGGGUAAGGGGAUAAAGAGAGCCCUCUGGGACUCUCCCCCCAUACACACUACACUGCCCCUUCUCCCCUCCCCCCAUCAAAAUGCUCAGAGACGUUGUGAUGAUGCGACUGAGGAUUAUGCAACGUGGUCCAACCGGAGCGGCCAGCAUGACCAGCUGUCCAGGGGCUGCCUCCUGCCUUUUCUUUUGUAAAGACAAGACCCUUGGGAGUUUUAAUUCUGUUUUGUACUUGCCCUGUGGGGCCUCCACUGCUUUUCUAUGGGAGAUACUCUUAAUUUAACAGAUGAGAAUAUUUUGAAACUCUG